GCCCUCAGGCAGGUCUCGCUGUCACCGGGCUAACCACACUGGCAAGGGCGGCGGCGGCGGCACCGAUGCCUGCAGCCCCCCAGGGCCCCGGCGACACCCCCUCUAUGACUCUGUGUCCUGCUUGCUUCCGAGAUGAACCUGUUGCUGGGAAAGAACAGGCUAAAUGAGAACAAGGAGCAUUCUGUCCAAGUUAAAGAAGCCUCGGUAGAGGAGCAGGAGGCAGCCGGCAGGCUGUGGCCCUGGCAGCCGCUGCGCAGCACGUGGAGCCUGCACGCGCACGAUUUGGCCAAAGAAGCCCCCAUACCCCCGGUGAAAAAGAUAUCUGGAAGCUGUUCUGUCAAUAACAGAGUUUCAAAGAAAACCACAAAACCACCAACACUAAGAUCAUUCUUGAGUCCAAUUUGAAAAACUAGUGUCAAAUUCUGCAGAGGCACUGGGGGGAUAAGGUACCACCCUAAUACCCAUUAUGUGAGAGAAAAUGCUCUGUUCCCCGUUCCUCAGCUUCUGCUGCUGGUUUCAGAGUUCUCUCUGUAUUGGCAGGGUUUUAAAGCUAGAGUGGCCUUUAUCCACUUUUAUUAACACAUCUGAAUGUGGAGGUCAAGAAGGGAAAGUGACAUACCCUAAGUCCGAGUAGGGUCACCAAGAAAAUAAGACAACCAACAACUGACCCCCUGUUGUAUACUGGGCAUUGGUGAGCUACUGGGGAUGUGGAGAUGAAGAAAAGGUAGUCCCUUCUUCAAGGAGCCCAGUCUACUAAGGUAGACAGACAUAUAGACAAGUAGAUUUUAUACUUGCAUAGGAAAAAGAGGAGAAGGGGAUCAAUGUGACCUGUGGAACUAAGUAGCCUAUCCAACCCUCCUGCCACAGAUCACACUGUCCUCCGCAGUGGGGAUGGUAAUCCCAUCUUGUUGAAUUCCACAUGCGCUUUGCGGUCAGACCACACCCAUGUGUGGGUCCUGACCCUACCAUUUAUAAACAGCAUCACUUUUGGCAGUUCUCAGCCCUCUAAGCUAGGGUCAUUGUCAGGGAUACUGCUUCACAAGAGUCAGCAGAACACCAAAAGAGACCAUAUGGGUGCAAGCAAGCAGUGCUACACUCGGGGUUCAUAGGUUCUUAGUUUUCAGUUUUUAUUUUCAGUCUAAUGGAGCACUGCCUGCUUUUUGUUUUUGUUGCUUGUUUUGGUUUUUUUCUUACUUAACGUGUUCACCAAAUUUGUGUCCAAAUGCCUUUGGGCUGAUGCAAAAAUAUAUGGAAGAGAAGAGUUGCCAUGGAGGGCUUUCAGGUGAGGGCUACACAUUCUCUAGGCAACUCUCCAAGAGGCUUCUCAAGCAGGAUGGGCAACAGGAGCUGCUGUGGGAUCAGUGGACAAACAUUGACAGGGACGGCUUUGAAAGAGUGCUCAGUACUCUCUUAAAGGCUAAAACUUCGUACUCAUCCUUUAAACACUGCCUGAUGGAAUUUUCAGGAUUAUCUUUUGAAGCAAACUGUAUUUUACAAAGUGAUAGAAAUCAAAUGAGUUUUUUAAAUUAGGAAUUCUCUUAAGUACAAAGCCAUUUUAAGAUGUACCUUUACAAACUAGCUGUUAUUAAGUGCUCUGUUCUAUUUGUGUAAACCAUAAAGAUCUUUCCAGAAGAAGCAAGUCUCUCUUACCAGAAUAUGAAAACGCUCUAGUCAAAGGCUUGAGUAGCCUGGAUCACAUGAAGCUGACUUCUGAGGAGCCUAGGACCUCCAAUAUAGGUGGGAGCACACAGUCAUUUUUCUGGAAACAGCCGAGACGUGGCUCAGGCCUGUGACCUUUGUGCCAAAGGAAGAGGUCAGGGUUGACUAGAGCUCCAGGAGGAAUGCAAGUGCCUUUGGAAGACAGGGAGAAAGUUACUGCAAUACUCUGUCCUCAGGGUGGGGCGAUAGUCUGAGUCUGGGAAAGUCCUGCCCUAUAAAAGGCUCUUGCGCAGAUUUGUGAAGCGUUCUACAUUUUUGCUGGAUUCUCAGGAAAAAAAAAAAAAAGCCUCUUCCUCAUUCCUCCCAGGUCCCAGGUGUGGUAUAAGGAGAGUUGGCCCAAUCUGGGAACUGAGGAACCUGCGGCAUCCAUCUACUGCCUCAAUUUGGAGCCAGGCGCGGUGGCUCACGCCUGUAAUCCCAGCACCCUGGGAGGGG